AUGUUUAAGGGAGGUCAUGGCUCGCUGAACGAGUCUUACGUUCCUCAAGUUGCGAAUCAUGGAGUCUUAAAAUAUCCACAUCGGAUGAACUUUUAUGACGUUCCGCCUACAUUUGACACGACGAUUGAAGAAUUUGAGAGAUGUGCGCUAGAUCGCCUACGGAUCCUGGCUGAAAUCGAAUCAUCCGCGGCUCGGAACAGAACAUGGGAAGAGCUCAAGACAGUGACAAGGGCCCAAUGCGAGAAAUACCUGCCGUUAAACUUCAACCUGGUGGCGAAACACAACGAUCUGGAUCUGGAGAGAAGAAGAGAUCACUUAAGCCAUUUUGUUCUCAGACUUGCGUUCUGUCGUUCAGAGGAUCUGAGAAGGCGAUUUGUGAAGGCGGAAACUACCUUAUUCAAGGUCAGGUAUGAUGACGACAUGGGCAAAGAUCGAGACGCUUUCCUAGAUUCGCGGGAUUUUAACUGGACAUCUGUUGGACAAGAAGAGCAAAGGCAAUACAAAACAGAGCUCGAGGCUGCCUACCCUGUAUCAAAGUCAGAGCUCGAUAGGCCAUCCGAAAAAUACUACAAGGUGAAGUGGACGCGAGUUCCGGACUUGGUGGAGAGAAGGAAGGUUUUCUUGAAGGAAGGGUGGGCCUAUGUUCCCAGCCGUGAACAAUCCAGCAUUGUUUUCCAGGAGUUCGAAACUCAUCUCGAAAGGGCACUAGAAAUGACUGCUAGACUGCUCCCACGUCUGGACGAAGAUACACGUCUGCUUCCCAUUCUCAAUAACCUAUCGCAAGGGUUCUUGGCUGGGAUAUCAUCGGAAUGGUCCAACGCGUCAGGAUCUACGAACACAGACGAGAUUAAAGCUGAAAUGGUCGAUGGCAUGGCAAAGAAACAUUUCCCGCUCUGCAUGCGCACGUUACACGAGAGUCUGCAGCGCGACAACCACCUGAAGCAUUUUGGGCGGCUACAAUAUGGUUUGUUUCUCAAGGUUUUGGGACUGUCUGUGGAGGAAGCUGUCGCCUUCUGGCGAAAAUCCUUCAGUCGUAUUACUGAUGACAAGUUCAAUAAGGAAUACAAGUACAACAUCCGACACUCAUACGGCCUGGAAGGCAAGCGCGCCAACUAUCCGGCGAAAAGUUGCCUCCAGAUUCUCACCGGAGGUCCUUCUGAAUAUGGGUGCCCAUACCGCACUUUUUCUCCAGAGAACCUCCAAGCUGCUCUUCUAUCUUCUUACAGCCAGCAGGGCCUCCGCUCGGUAGAUUUACCUGAAAUAAUGGCAGCUGUCAAGUCUAGCCAUUUUCACGUCGCUUGCACUCGCGUUUUCGAAAUAACGCAUUCAGCCGACGUCAGAAAAGGUGACGGAGUAGGAGGAGAAAGUGUUACUCACCCCAAUCAAUAUGCAGCACGGAGUAUAGAGUUGGAAAAGGCAGCAAAAGAGGCGAUGGACGUGGAAUAA